AUGACGAACCCCGAAAAACAUGUUGCACCGAGUGACGAGGUGAACGGUGAAGGUUUGAAUCCGCCGCUUGGUGGACCACGUAAAGUCAAAUGGUACCGUUCGUCGUUUUAUAAUGCCUUCAUCCUCGGUCUUUGCAACUUUCUUGCUCCCGGAAUUUGGGGCGCCAUGAACUCUUUGGGUGGAGGAGGCGAAGAGGAACCCUAUCUCGUUAACGCAGCGAACGCCUUGACCUUCGGACUCAUGGUAGUCUCUUGUUUCUUUGGUAGUGUUAUCGUGCGAUUUAUCGGCAUCAAAUGGACACUCAUCGUGGGAACAAUGGGAUUCGCCCCAUACGCAGCCGGGCUAUACACAAACAACCGAUUUGGUCAAGAAUGGCUGGUUAUCCUGGGCGCUGCACUUUGCGGCAUCUCAGCGGGCAUAUUUUGGAUGGCGGAGGCAGCAAUUGCACUUUCAUAUCCCGAGCCAUACAAUCAAGGACGCUUCUUGGGAUUCUGGCUCAGCUUUCGUGUUGGAGGACAGAUACUCGGCGGUGUCAUCAGUCUGGGCAUUAAUGCCCAUCGGUCAACAUCGGGCUCUAUCUCAUACACUGUGUAUCUGAUCUUCAUUGCGCUGCAGGCUCUUGGUCCUUUUGCUGGUCUGCUUUUGAACAACCCGUCUCAGGUACAGCGAAAAGAUGGAGUCCCUGUUAAACUCCAGGUGACAAACAGCAUCGGAUACGAGCUAAAGAGCAUGGUGAAACUAUGGAUCAAUCGCAAGUUUCUGUACAUCAUUCCAUUCAUUUGCCAGGCUGUUUACACAGAGGCUGUGAUGUUUUCGUACGAGGGGUUGUGGUUCUCGGUACGGGCCAGAGCUCUCGGGUCCUUCCUUUCCGGCGUGCUUGCUUUGAUCAUCGGCAACCUUCUAGGAGUCUUCCUUGACACCAAGCGGAUAUCUCUGAAAAAGAGAAGUCGAUACGCAUUCUUCUUAGUCGUCGGGUGGCAAGGGAUGUGCUGGAUCUGGGCUUCGGUGGUGACAGCAGAGUUCCAUAAGACAAACCCGAUAUAUGACUGGACUGACCCAGGCUUUGGGAAAGCGUUCACCCUCUUCCUGUUCUGGGUCGCUGGCUUCCAGCUCAACUAUAUGUAUCUAUUCUUCUUGGUGGGCAACCUUGCGGAUGAUCAAGAAGAGGUCGUCCGGAUUGCAGGCUUGUUGCGUGGAACUGAAUCCGCCGCUCAAUGUGUUAGCUAUGGUUUAAGUAGCGUGAACAUCAUGGCCGCGGUGGGUAGUAUAUACCUCAACUUUGGCUUGUGGGCUAUCGCGAUAUUUCCUGCCUGGCUCAUUGUCAAGCAGGUCGGGGUAGCCUUUGGGGAUAAAAAAAUCGCCAGAGAGACUCCUGGUUUGCGUGAGGCCUCGGAUCGCGACUCAAAUAAUGGUGCAAGUCUAUAA